CGUCCUUCUCUGCACGACAUUCACGAGCCUCGACGCGCGCGGGCGACGAACGAAAAUGCUUCCCAAGGUCCUACACAUAUGCUCUUUGCUUCUUCUUAAUGCAGUGCUGUCGGUGCACGCCGUUCACUUCUACCUUGACGCCAACGAGAAGCGAUGUUUUAUCGAGGAGCUCCCCAGUAAUACUGUGGUUGAGGGAGAAUACAAGGCGACGGAAUGGUCUGAUGCUACUCAGUCUUAUGUGGUAAACCCCGAGCUUGGCAUACAGGUCGACGUCGAGGAGAUGGAGACCGCGCACAAAGUCGUCCAGUCGAUCGGUCCGCCGGAGGGGCGGUUCACCUUCACCUCGCACGAGUCAGGGGACCACUUGAUAUGCCUGAGCACAAACGCUACGACGAGCAUGUUUGCUUCUGGGUCGCAUAUACGCAUGCAUCUGGAUAUAGUCGUGGGCUCGACGAAGGCGGAUGUUGAGCAUGACCGGACACAUGUCAGCGAGUUAGCGAGCAAGGUCCGUGACCUCAAUGUUAAGCUCGAAGACAUCCGCCGCGAACAGCAAUACCAACGAGAGCGCGAGGCGGACUACCGCAACCUCUCGGAGGCAACGAACUCGCGUGCUGUCUGGUACAGCGUAGCCCAGCUCGUUGUGCUACUAGGAACUUGUGCUUGGCAAUUGCGGCACUUGAAGCGAUUCUUUGAGGACCGCAAGAUGCGAUGAGUCGCGCUGCUUCACCGUAGGCACACGUACAGGGGACCUAAUUUAUUAUCGUUGUCGUGCAUUGCGCUGCGUCAAAUGGGAUGGUGCGAUAUCUUCAUUACCGAUCCUCUGUUGCAUUCAAAUCAACAACGGGCAUUCGACCUAGUUCAAAAUUCUGAAGCUGUGUCUAUGGGUUCAUCGUCGAACAAGAUUGUCCUGUUGCCGAGUUUGGCG